UAUUAUAGGUUAGUAAAUGGUUAGUAGUAAUAAUAAGUAGUAUUUGUUUAAUUUUAGAUAUUAUUUUAAAAAUAAGAGUAAUACAUGGAUCCAAAACUUGAAAUACGAAAGCUUCAACCGAGUAGUCUUAGGGAAUUGACCCAAAUACUUGAAUACGGUGACUCAUGGAAGGAAUUAAUGGCCAUAAUCCCAAAAACGCUGGAUAAAAACAAUUACAGCUGUAAUAUUUCUUGUGAAAAUCCACCAAAAUAUAACUCAGAACAUGUUAGAUUAAUUGAGAAUGCUUCCUUUAAGAUGCGCAAAGCUUGCACAGAUAUAUUAUUUGAUGAAUGGGGCACAUCAGGAAGAGUCAGACCUGCAUUGGGACAUUUGUUAUAUUUACUAAUAAAAUCGCAAUUAUUUCGAGCAGCAGAUUAUGUUGCCAUUAAUUUAUUACAAAUUCAACCACCUCCUCGUCCAUCUGUUGGCCCAGCAGCAUUAGUAAAUACUUCAUUACCAAACCAAAAUUUUCUCAAUGAAAUUGAAGAAUUUUUAAAUGAAGCAAGUUAUCCAUCUUCAUUGAUAUCAAAUUUAAAUGGCAAUGCCAAUUCUAGAAGUAAUUUACAAGGCAGUGUUAUUCCACAAAUUAUUAUAACUAAUGUGAAUGAUAAGAAAAGAAGAGCUGGUCAUGUGCAUUUUAAUAGCGAAGAAAUUAAUAAAAAAAGUUCUGAUUUGAUUCAUUUUAGUGAAACUGAAAAGCCUUCUAGUUCUGACGAAAGUAAUGAUAUUCCUGCUAUUUCAGCUUUAUUACUUCAAACAAGCACAAGUAAUAUGAGUAAUUCUAUUGAUUCAAAUCACAGUGAAGUAAAUAAUAUUUUAACAAUUGGUAGUAUGCAUCAGAUUGAUGAUGAAAGCAAUAAUAACCAAAUGGACAAUAACAAUUGUGAUAAUGUACCUGCUCUUUCUAUUUUAAACAUGAACUCUGAUAAGUUCAAUAAAAGUACAGCAGAAAAUAAAUUAUCUGAAAAUAUUCCACAAUUAAGUACGCUUUUAAAUUCAAGUAUUGAUAAUAAGUCUGACAAAGCUUUUAGAAAUACAAGCUUAAGUGAUAUUGAUAAUAAUCUGCCCGUUCUAAGUGCACUCAAUAUGAGUUUGACUAAUUGUAAGUCAAAUUCCAUCCAAUUUGAAAACGACACUGAUGAUUCUUUUAAAGAAGCCAGUAUUGCUCUUAAGGAAAAAAUAAUUAAUGAAAGAAGCCAAGACUUAAUCAAUUCUGGCUCUCUUCCACAUUUAAGUUCAUUACUGUGGAGUAAAAGUAUUUCAAAGUCCAAACUUUUUAUGCCUACUUUAGAAAAUGAUGAAACAAAAUUGAACGCUGAAUCAUUAAGUGAUAGUUCUAAAAAUUCAAACACAUCUAGAGGUCAGUGUGUUUCUCCUUUACCAAAUUUAUUGUUAAAUACUAAGUUACCGCGAUUUACUUAUCAACAGUUAGAAGAUGCAACAAGUAAUUUUGAUGAAACACCUCAUCAAUCAUCAUGUGAUAGAGAAAGUAGCAUAAAUAAUUCUUCUGGACGGUUUUUGGGAUCAGGAGCUUUUGGAUCAGUUUUUUUAGCACUGGGACUUUUAGAUAGGCCUGUUGCUGUUAAAAGAUUGUUUUUAGACAAUGUUAAUGUUGUAAAUAUUGAUGAUCCCAUUACAAAACAAUUUAAAAAUGAAGUUGAAAUUUUAAGCAAAUACCAACAUGAUAAUUUGUUAUCAUUAGUUGGAUAUUCUUGUGAUGGCCCUACAUAUUGUCUUCUAUAUGAAUAUAUACCAGGUGGGGCUCUCAAGGAGAGGCUUCAGAACAAGGAAGACAAACUCAUGUGGACAGACAGGCUUUAUAUUGCUAUGGGAACUGCUAAAGGCAUUUCCUACCUCCAUAAUGCCUACUCAACUCCACUUAUACAUAGAGAUAUAAAAACAGCUAAUAUACUUUUAGACUGUUCUAAUAAACCUAAGCUUUGUGAUUUUGGAAUAAUUAAACUUCUUCCAAAUCAAAAUACAAAUACCAGCACAACAGUUUUUGGAACAUCGGCUUAUAUGGCACCCGAAGCCUUCAGGGGCGAUAUAUCAAUUAAAUUGGACACAUUUAGUUUUGGAGUUGUUAUCUUAGAACUAUUAACAAGUCUCCCUCCUUUUGAUAGCCAGCGUGAGGAUUGUGAUAUUGUAACACAUGUCGAGGGAACAUGCGAAAAUGAUAUAUCUUUGUUGCUGGACAAAAGCGCUGGAUCGUGGAUUGUGAAAAAUGUGAACUUUGCUGAAAAAUUAUAUGAAAUUGCUACAAAAUGUCUUUCAGAAAAGAAAAAAAGACCAACGAUGACCCAAAUUACAUCUGAAUUAUCAGAUUUGAUAAGUUUUGUCAAAUAGAAUAAUUAUAUUGUGUAUUGUUAUACAUUGCAGAGGUAAUCGAACUACCUGUUUGACCAAUGAGUACAUUUGAAUAAAUUAAUAUAUAAAAGGAAA